CGGCCGGAGAGCCCAGCGCACCCCGCACCGGAGGGGACCGGGACGGACGGCGGCGGGCGCGAGGCCCGGAGGAGCCCAGGAGAUGUCCCGUGUGCGCCGCCUCCUGCUAGGAUACCUGCUCCCGGCCCUCCUGUUACACGGGCUGGGAGAGGGCUCUGCCCUCCUUCAUCCAGAUAGCAGAUCCCAUCCUCGGUCCUUAGAGAAAAGUGCCUGGAGGGCUUUCAAGGAGUCACAGUGCCAUCACAUGCUCAAGCAUCUCCACAAUGGUGCACGGAUCACUGUGCAGAUGCCCCCAACCAUCGAGGGCCACUGGGUGUCCACGGGCUGUGAAGUAAGGUCGGGGCCAGAGUUCAUCACGAGGUCUUACAAAUUCUACCACAAUAAUACCUUCAAGGCCUACCAGUUUUACUAUGGUAGCAACCGUUGCACAAACCCCACCUACACGCUUAUCAUCCGUGGCAAGAUCCGCCUGCGCCAGGCAUCCUGGAUCAUCCGUGGGGGCACUGAGGCUGACUACCAGCUGCACGGCGUCCAAAUCAUCUGCCAUACAGAGGCAGUUGCCGAACAACUCAGCCGGCUGGUGAACUGCACAUGCCCAGGAUUCCUGGCCACUGGUAGCCCUUGGGUGCAAGACAUGGCCUAUGACCUGUGGCAGGAAGAGAGUGGCCACGAGUGCACCAGGGCUGUGAACUUUGCCAUGCAUGAGCUGCAGCUCAUCCGAGUGGAGAAGCAGUAUCCUCACCACAGCCUGGACCACCUGGUAGAGGAGCUCUUCCUGGGUGACAUCCACACUGACGCCACCCAGAGGGUAUUCUACCGGCCAUCCAGUUACCAGCCACCUCUGCAGAAUGCCAAGAACCACAACCAUGCUUGUAUAGCCUGCCGGAUCAUCUACCGCUCCGAUGAACACCACCCUCCCAUCCUGCCCCCGAAGGCAGACCUGACCAUCGGCCUUCAUGGGGAAUGGGUGAGCCAGCGUUGUGAGGUGCGCCCUGAAGUCCUCUUCCUCACCCGCCACUUCAUCUUCCAUGACAACAACAACACCUGGGAAGGGCAUUACUACCAUUACUCAGACCCUGUCUGCAAGCACCCCACCUUCACAAUCUACGCUCGGGGCCGCUAUAGCCGUGGUGUGCUGUCCUCUAGGGUCAUGGGUGGCACAGAGUUUGUGUUCAAAGUGAAUCAUAUGAAGGUCACCCCCAUGGAUGCAGCCACUGCCUCGCUCCUCAACGUCUUCAGCGGGAACGAGUGUGGGGCUGAGGGCUCCUGGCAGGUGGGCAUUCAGCAGGACGUGACACACACCAAUGGCUGCGUGGCCCUGGGUAUAAAGCUACCUCACACAGAAUAUGAGAUCUUCAAAAUGGAGCAGGACGCCCGAGGCCGCUAUCUGCUGUUCAAUGGCCAGCGGCCCAGUGAUGGCUCCAGUCCAGACAGGCCUGAGAAGAGGGCUACAUCCUAUCAGAUGCCAUUGGUGCAGUGUGCCUCCUCCUCGCCCAAAGCCGAAGACUUGUCGGAAGACAGUCGAGGAUACCAGUAUGGUCGGGCAGCGGGGAGGACAGCUGGGCCGCUGCUGCUAGCCACCGUUGCCUGCCUUUGGACUCUUUCACAUUGGAACAUCCUCAGAUAGAAGUUUUAGAAAGAUCUAUUUUUCCAAACCAAGACUCCUUAGCAUUUACAAAUUUUCUUUAUACAAAGAAAGGACAUUGAUUUCUUUUGAUGCACUUGAAUGCCUGAGAACUGUCAUUGCCUUUUCCCCCUCCCCCUUCCAGCCUGAGUCGUGAGCAGUGUGUUUGAAGUUUCAGCUUUGAACUUCCUCCAGCUUGAUCUCUGACCUGAGAACUUCAUAGCAGUGAUUGCACUUUAAGUCUGCGGAGAGUUGGGGCUGGCGUGUGUGGGAGUGGCAGCAAGGUGGCAGCUAGGCUUCUUAACCUCGUCCUCAUUCUGUUUCUGAGCUGAGCUUAAGAGAAGCGCGGCCCAAGCUGCAGCUUUCCCUGCUUCUCUUACUCCUUUGAAACCCUUCCACGCUCCAGGUUUUCUACCUGGAAUGCAGUGCACAGUUCGCUUAGGACUGCGAUCAAGACAGGUGGUAGUGACAGAGCAGAGAUGUGGGUGUAGAUGUGUACGUAGGAGAGGAUGCAAGGUUUAACCCAGCCAUCAUUAACAGCCUUAAUGUAGAUCAACACUUCUGGAAAUGCUGAAUAGAGAAGUAUCUGUCAUUGAAGUUGCCAAGUAAUGUAAAUUGUUUUUACAUCACCAGUUUUCACUUGUUGAGAAAAAAAAAAGAUGUGUGCCAUACUGGGUUGUGUGGUUAUAGAAUAUAAGCCACUUCUUUCCCACGCAGUAAACCAGGGCAUCGGGAAAUUAGAAAACCCUCCUGUUCCAGACAGUCAGGAGCAGCAGUGCAAGGGGCGGCUGCAGUGUGUUAAGUCCCACAUGAGUGAGAAGGAAGUCUGUGGGACUGCCCUCCACGUGAGGAACCUGUGUCCUGGAUCACACUGUGGUGGGGGGAGGGGGCAGAAGGACUCCCAAAUCACACUCUACCAUCUUCAAAGACAAAGAGCACAGAACUUCAGUACUUCAGUAACUUGCUGUUGAAAGAAGGGAGGGUGGGGUGGAACUCGGCCACACUGAACACCUACCUACUCUGCUAGGUGUCACCUGUGUUCUGUGGUGUCUUUGUGUGAAGUCAGCUUGUUGUUGGACAUGCUGGCUUGACUCGGCUUCCUUUCUGCCCUUCACUUGGCUCUGCCCCAACUGAGUUUCAGGGCUCUCUUCUUCAGAGUUGGCUUCUUUACCAUGAGUAGAAGGGUAGAGGGCAUAUGACUGGCCAUUCCUUUGAGUUAUUGCAACUGGUGCUAUCUAAACACCAGUGUGUCAUUGCACAGAGACCCAUGCAGGCAAGUGGUGAGUGACUGAAAGCCUAAAUCUAACUAAAAGCAGACGUGGAGAUCAUGAUCCUGGAGAAGAGUCAGCCUUGUAUUUAAGAAUUUGCUUUAUGAAGCAGUAGCAUUCAGUGCGGUAUUAAGUUAUAAUGAUGGCAUGGAGUUCCAGAGUGCUUUAUAUUUAGAAUAUAUUUUAAGUCAUGGUGCAUACUUGAGGGGGUUUAUUCAAAAUGAAAAUACUAAUUUAAUGUCUACCAAGUUUAAUAAAGAAACAAUUGGAAAUGA